CUGCAAAUCCAGGAAGCCUUCUUCACGUCCCUACUUGGCUUUUACUCCCUAGAAGGAGGACCGUACACAGAGUGGGGGAAGACCAUGUACGCCGCACUUUUGAUAAGAGAAAAUAAAAACCAGAGCCAGGACUUCCAGGCAGUAGUAGUCGAAGUGGUGCGUGGAGAGUAUGGAUGCGGCAGGCAAAAGCAGAGGAUGGCCUAUGCAGCGAAGCUGAGCAAGGGAUUUAACGACGGCAUGAGCGCCAGUUUACACAGAGCUGACAACGCACACGGUGAGCAGUUGGUGGUGAUCAGCUAUGACACGUGUGUGUGCACAGGCGCCGAUGGCCGGGCCACAGCUGCUGCUUGGCUGGUGGCCCCUGUGACGUGCCGGCGGGGAUGUGGUUGGGUGUCUAGACCUGACACCAGAAGUGGGGUACGGCUUCUAACCCGUGGCUGUUACUGCUCUGGUGCGGGUGGGUCUGCUCCCCAGCUGUUGAAGCAGAAGCUGAGGGUAGGGUUUGCUCAGGCUCUGUUGCCCGUGAGAGCACGCCCUGCCCCACAGGAGGUGACCACUGAAGCCUGCGAGGCCCCCGAGGUCAGUGAAUAUCUGUGCCGCCCGUGUGGGUAUCCACGGUCCCACCAGACAGCCCGAGGCUGCAUCUUCUCCAGCGUGUUCGUCCCGGACCUCGCGCUGAGCCGCGGCCACAGGCACUGCAGGGGCUGUGCCGCUGUCGGGGAGCCGGACUGCGCUGGGGCGGACCUUCCCCAGCACCUGUCCCUCCCGAUCAGCGCGCAGCGCGGAGCUCCAGGGCUCCCACCGGGAGUGAGAUGCUGCACCCUCCUGCCCAGGGCGGGUCCGGCCAAGACUUGGCGCAGAGGCUGUGUUUCUGUGGCGCCCCGGGGGCUAUUGUCUGCUGCAGCUGCCCGCCCCCCGCCCCCCACGCCUGCUGCUCUGUGUACACUGCAGUGGUCUCCGCGCCUCCCCGAGGACCACGCCCCGGGCCCUCUGGGCUGGUCUCUCGCUCCUAGGUUGAGUCCUCUUCCCGGGUCUACCUGCCGGAGACGCAGAGCUUAG